UAGUCGAACUCAAACCGCCGCAGUCGAAAAAGGUUUGGUGAGUGUAGUUUUUGUAAAGACACCCAGCACGGAUUUCGUCUGAAGCGGAUGAAGAUGUCUGAACGUCCAAUCAAGGUCUUGUUAGUCGGUAGCGGAACAGUUGGGAAAACUAGCCUGUGCACGGUCUACACCAAAAAAUGUUUCCCCUCCAAAUAUGUUCCGACAGUAAUGGAAAUAGCCUUCUCCACCAUUGUGAUCAAUGAUGUGACACACAGAUUGGCCAUCUGGGAUACAGCGGGACAGGAAGACUUCGACCGACUACGACUUUUGUCCUAUCCUAAUACGGACGUCUUUUUAGUUUGCUACGCCAUCGAUGAUCACGAUUCUUUUCAACACGUCUCUACAAAAUGGAUUCCAGAGUUACACAAACAUAGCCCUGGCGUCCCAAUCAUUCUCGUUGGUACUAAAUUAGACAAGAGACAUGAAGGUGAAACGCUUGAAAGCUUUUUAGUUCCUUAUAGUACAGGACAAAGUUUGGCAAAGACUAUCGGAGUUGCUCAUUUCGCCGAGUGCUCAGCUUUGAAUGGGAAGAAUGUGUCAAAAAUAUUUAAAAUUGCAGCUGCUGCUGCUUUAGGAUUUGAUAAGAAAUCUUGCUGCAUACUUUAAAAAAUGUUUGCGGUCUUAAUUUUACGUUUGUAAACAAAAUAUUUUCAUAAUAAUGCAUAUGAUGUUAGGUGUUACAAUAAAUGGCUAUUUAAUAUCAUUUUGACACGGAGUGAAAAGAAUUGGUCGAUUUCAACAGUCUUACCUUUCAAUUUUGGUUUUCGGUCAAUUUCCGGACUGAAUUCACGUUCCGUGUAGUCGGUUUGUGGGUGCUGGACGAAUUAGGAUUUCACGAUUCACUGUACAGCAUCCAGUUUCAUUUGUUCAGUCGUUUUCACUUACUAGUUUUCACGCACACAGCAACUAACUUGGAAAUAUGACCCACACACUAUUUUAACCGAUACUUGUAAACCCAACGUGACACGGGCGAUCUGGUGAAACCACAUAAUUUCACUGAGCACAGAAAACACACCACACGAAACUUGUAGCAUUGUGGAUCGUGAUGACAACCAAUUAUUCAGAAUUAAACCUGGGUGCUUGGGGUAAAAAAAUAUCGUCGUAUAUUAAUUUACACUUACAAGACCAGACACAUAUACUGCAGAUUGCACUGAAUAAAAAUCACUGAUGAAUUAUUUUCAAUUAUUAAUGACAAAUUACGCGAACGUAGGAUUAACGGGAGUUGUGAAUUGAGGCAUAAGUUGGGAGACGAAAUCCAUAGGCGUUUGUGAUUGCAUCUGCGUUGGGAAGUUCAUCAUUUGGUCGGUG